CGCGCUCUGCCUCUGCGCUCUGCCAGACCCAAUCCACCGACAGACGGAGUGAGAGAGCAGAGUAUGAGUAACAGGGGACCUUCCAUUUACAUAGCUUCAUUCUCCCACCUACUCUCCCAACCUCCCCUCGUCCUCAUGUUUCCGCCGCUGUGCUGAUGCUGAUGCGAGAGCAUCGUUAGCGUCUUUCACUCACUCGAGCAGUGCACGCGCUCCUCCGGAUCUGCUCUCCCGCUGUCUCCUCUCCCUCACAGAAUGAAUGCACCCGCUUAAAGAUAUCAACAUUCUUUCAGUUCGCGGCGUGACGUGGAAAGCUUAUUUUUUCGUUCCUACCAUGUUUGAAAUUCGAAAUUAUUUUUAUUGUGGCCGUUUUGCUCGCCUAAGACACUUUGGGGAAUUGUGAUUGUGUAGGUUUCAGAAUGGGCUGUGAAUGAUCAUUCAUAAGGUAUGGAACAUCCUUAAUCGUACAUUAACGACUGUCAAUAAUAGGCCUAUCGGUAUUCCAGUUUCGCCAACAAGUAUUCUGAUUCUUUUUUUUUCAAAUCUCGAAGAAACCUGUUUUUCUUAAGAUUUUCCCACUUGGUCAGGUCCCGUUAAUUGCAAGAAUUUAUGACACAUAGCAUUUCCCACUGGUUCAUUGCGAAGAGUUGUGAAAUUGGGUGGCGACGUGUUAAAAAAUUGUAACCGACUGUUUCACGGCUAUCUUCUGAAGAGGAGCGACGUUCUAAGACCCUGCGCAUCAACAGCAGCUUGCUCCAUUGAGCAGGGAUCGGUGCAGAAGUGCCAUACCGUGUGAAGCACUGUGCCAAUUCGGACUACGGAGGAGGAAUCCAAGAGGGACUGGAACUAGAGCUAUUCUUUUUCUAAGAGGGAACAGGGCACCCCGAGACAGAACCACCGCCAGCAGGGAGCAACACCGCCAUGACCUGCUGAGACCUCCACUCACGCCACUCCACUCCACUCCAACACCAGGAAGCUCCGAGCAGGUCUGCUUAUUGAAGUUGUGCAAGUGACACCUCAAAGGUCCUGAACCCACCCAACAUGGCAGCCAAGCUUCCCUUUGCCCUUCCCUCUCUUCCUCUCUCAUCCUUCUCUCCUCACCUGUCCUCCCUCCUCCUCCUCCUCUUCUUCCUCUUCCUGGGCUCCACGCCCCACCUCUCCCUCGCCAGCCCGCCCUCGGACGCGCCGCCGCCGGGCAACUGCUCGAGCGACGACUCGUGCAGCGACGGCGUGGUGCUGCCCAUGUGGAACCCCCAGAACCCGGCGGUGGGCGACAAGGUGGCGCGCGCCAUCGUCUACUUCGUGGCGCUCAUCUACAUGUUCAUGGGCAUGUCCAUCAUCGCCGACCGCUUCAUGUCCUCCAUCGAGGUCAUCACCUCGCAGGAGAAGGAGAUCACCAUCAAGAAGGCCAACGGCGAGACCACCACCGCCACCGUGCGCAUCUGGAACGAGACCGUCUCCAACCUCACGCUCAUGGCGCUGGGCUCGUCCGCGCCCGAGAUCCUGCUCUCCGUCAUCGAGGUGUGCGGCCACGGCUUCGACGCCGGCAACCUGGGCCCGUCCACCAUCGUGGGCAGCGCCGCCUUCAACAUGUUCGUGAUCAUUGGCCUCUGCGUGUACGUGGUGCCCGACGGCGAAACGCGCAAGAUCAAGCACCUGCGCGUCUUCUUCGUCACGGCCGCCUGGAGCAUCUUCGCCUACAUCUGGCUGUACCUGAUCCUGUCGGUGGUGUCGCCGGGCGAGGUGGAGGUGUGGGAGGCCGUGCUCACUUUCGUCUUCUUCCCCAUCUGCGUGUUGCAGGCCUGGGUGGCCGACCGCCGGCUGCUCGUCUACAAGUACGUGCACAAGCGUUACCGCGCCGACAAGAGCCGCGGCAUCAUCAUCGAGACCGAGGGCGCCGACAGCGUCUUCGCCAAGAUGGAGGUGGAGAUGGACGGCCAGGGCGCCAACUCGCACCACAAGGAGGCGCUGGACGGGAUGCUGGCCGGCGUGGAGGAGAGCGGAGGAGUGGGGCGCGAGGAUGAGGAGGCACGCAGGGAGAUGGCGCGCACGCUAAAGGAUCUGAAGCAGCGGCACCCGGAUAAGGACACGGAGCAGCUGAUCGAGAUGGCCAACUACCAGGUGCUGGUGCAGCAACAGAAGAGCCGCGCCUUCUACCGCAUCCAGGCCACGCGCAUGAUGAUCGGCGCCGGGAACAUCCUGAAGAAGCACGCCGCCGACCAGGCCCGCAAGGUGGUCAGCUGCCACGAGGCCAACGCGCAGGAGGAGGACCCCCACACCAUCUACCUGGAGUUCGAGCCCUCGCACUACCAGUGUUUCGAGAACUGCGGCUCGCUCAAGCUCACCGUUGGCCGCCACGGCGGGGACCCCGGCUGCACCGUCAAGGUGGAUUACCGUACGGAAGACGGCACGGCCAAUGCAGGCUCGGACUACGAGUUUGCCGAGGGCACACUGGUGUUCAAACCCGGCGAGACGCUGAAGGAGUUUCCUGUUGGUGUGAUCGAUGAUGACAUCUUCGAGGAGGACGAGCACUUCUACGUGCACCUGAGCAACCCGCGCGUGGUCCACCGUGCCGAGGUGUCGGUGCUCGACCCCUCCGCCGUCGUCCCCGGCAGCAGCAUCAGCUCGUCCCCGGCGCCACCCAAGGCUGCGCUCGGCAACGGCCACACUGCCACGGUGACCAUCUACGAUGACGACCACGCUGGCAUCUUCACGUUCGAGAGCGCUUCCACGCGGGUGAGCGAGAGCGUGGGCACCAUGCAGGUGAAAGUGCACCGCACGUCAGGAGCUCGGGGGAAGGUGGCGCUGCCAUACCACACCCAGGAGGGCACUGCCAGUCCAGGGGAUGACUACGAGGAGGUCGCCGGCAAGCUGGAGUUCCUCAACGAUGAGACCAUGUAA